ACACAUCCUUCUCCCACAUACCUGUCAUAGUACAAUCUCUCACUCUCUCUCUCUCUCUCUCUCUCUCUCUCUCUUUUCCUCCACUUGAUCUGAUUCCUUCCUUUCUAUCACUUCUAUCCUCACUGAGAUAUCCUCAUGACCCAUGGCUCUUCACCUACAAACGUGUCAGAUCUCAUUUAAUUUCUAACCCUAAUCCUCCUCUUCUUCUUCUUCUUUACACCUAUACCAAGUUAAUAGUAGGAGGUAGGUAACGUGCUCUCCUUCUUCAUCUUCAAAAUCUAUCCUUUUCUUGGUUUGCUUCAAUCUAGGAUUUGCUCCUUUUGAUUCUGUUGGUUGUUUGAAAGUGGAUUUGUUGCUGAUAAUACAAAUGUUUCACCCCAGUACAACUCUCAAAUCAAGACUGCAAAGAUUCCUCCUGUGUGUGUGUGUGUGGGUGGGUCCAUAAAUCCACCAUCUUUUUUCUGCAGCCUUCUCGAGCUAUCCUCUUCCUUCUCCCUUCCUUCCUUCCUUCCUUCCUCCUCUCUCUAAACCGAGCUUCAAACUCCUCAACUACUUACAGCCGGUGUUUGCAGCUGUGGCAUCAUCAAGAUUCACACACGGAUCGAUAUUCACUCGUCGAUCAGUUUGUCUUUUUCCCGGCCGCUGAGAAUCUUGAUGAUGCUGCAUCAGCAAAUAUGCGGCUAGCUCGUUGUCGACUGAGAUCUUGCCAUGGCUCGUCAGGAUCAUAACUUUGGGAGAGAUAGAGACAAUGUUAAUGUAAAGACAAGAGUUUGAUCGUCAUUUUUAGUCAUAUCUGGCCUACAACAAGUUUAUUACACAAUGUGCACAUUGUGAAAAAGAAUGAGUCGAUCCCAUGGCGAAUCACAAACCAUUGCAGCCAGCCAUCUCUUUGAGCAUUAAUUUCUUCAUCGCCAAUCGCCAUUCGCCAUGGCGAUGAGGUGAGGUCAUUGGACUUGUCAGCCAUGUGAGUUCGUGAACUGUGACAAAAUCCCUCCCCUCGGCGCUCACAUGGCCACUUCACCAUGAAUCUGUGUUUAUUAUUACUUUCUGCUCUGCUCGCUGUCCGUUCCCCUCCACUUGUGAUGAUAAACGCAUCCCCGUCUUCAUCAUUAGGCGUUAGGUUACGCUGAUCAAUAGAUUCAGUACCUGGCUGUUGGAUUGCAUCUUUGACCGCUCUUUUCUGUUGUCUCUGCCGGCAACUUGCAGUUGGAGAACAUGCUGCAGGGCAGGCGAAGCUUAAUUAAUAUAUAUAUAUAUAUUUAAGAUGGCCGUCCAUGGCAUGUUAUCCCACGUUACAAAUUGCUCUGCCAUGGCGAUUAGGAUAGCGUCGUCUUGAAUUGAGUUGAGUUGAGUCGAGGAGGAAGAAGAUUAGUGCGCUAGCUGCGGUGAGAAUGGGGCACGAGACGACGGCGGUGAUCGUGGGGUGCAAGGUGUUGCCUAUCUGCGACGCGGCGGCGAGCGGCGGCCAGCUGAAGGAGGUGGCGCGGACAAGCGAGAGGAGGAGGUCGGUGGCGCGGGUGAAGCAGGAGCUGCUGCGGUGGGCGGCGGCCGCCAAGUCCAGUAAAGGAGGGAGCAAAGCAUGGAAGGUUUUGUAUUCCCGAAACAAACUGAAACCUGAAACGGAGUCGCCGGAGUGCUCGGCGGGCAAGGUCAGCUUCAAGUGGGACGCCGGCAGUUGCUCAGGAGCUUCGUCGGUGUGCUCCCCGCUCUCGCUCCCUUCCUCUUCGACCUCUCGAAACGACCACAGUCACAUCCACACCAGCAGCGCGUCCAGGCUCUCGUUUACUUGCUGCGAAAAGCCACGACACGGCUCGACGAGUAGCACUUCGAUGGGCGCCGCCGCCGCCGCCGCCGCCGGCGACGAGCACGUCAGGAAUGGGCAGUGGAUCACCACCGACUCCGAAUUUGUGGUGCUGGAGCUCUGAUUGAAAAAUUCAUGAUUCGACCAAGAGGAGCGAGGAAGAACUAACGUUCUAAAAAAACUGGGUUUUUGAUGGUCGUUCGUCUAUUAGCUACAAAUUCAAACAUUGAGCAAAUCGCUUCUAAUGAACUCCAAUCGAAUGUGUACUAAUAAGUUUCAAAAAUGAAUGAAUUCACUCCUUUUUAUAAUGGUAACAUGGACAAUUGAACAAUAA